CCGAGGGAACCAACGGUUCAGAUUGUUUGGAUGAAAAUGACCAGUGUCAGUUGUCGACAUUGCCGAUCAGACCAGCGUGAUGGCCACUUGGCCUCUUGGCCGGUAUGAGCUCGUCCGUAGCAACGUGAUAGUGGCAAAGACGGCAUGGCUUCACCAGCUUCUAAUUUGACGACGGGUAACCUGACAGUGACAAUGGCGAACGCGACAGUAACGGAGGUGGCUAUGGCGGAGGUGCUAGCGCAGCUGGCGGCGGUUGAGGCGGAAUGGGUGACCGUGGCGGCGCGCGUUAAGAGCAUCAUGCAGCUGACGACGGGCAUCUGGCGAAUCAUGGCUGCCUUUAUCGUCCUCUUCAUGCAGCUCGGCUUCUCCCUUAUAGAAGCCGGCACCGUUCGCUACAAGAACACGCGCAACAUCAUGAUCAAGAACGUGCUCGACAUGUGCGUCAGCGCCAUCGCCUUCUGGCUCAUUGGCUUUGCCAUUGGCUUUGGGGGGGGCUCUGAUUUCGUGGGCUGGGAAACACCCUCAGGCUCAGUGGCGCUGGCCGUGGUGCCGCACGAGAGUGGGUCGCUCUUCUUCUUCAACUUCGUCUUCUGCGCCACCAGCGCCACCAUCUUCGCUGGAGCCGUGGCCGAGAGAACGCAGAUCACCGCGUACCUUUUUUUCAACUUCUUCCUGGCAGCCAUCAUCUACCCGGUCAUCGCGCACAUCAUCUGGUCGCACCAUGGGCUGCUGUCAGCCGAUGCCGGGGACCAUGUGCUGGGCACGAGGGGGGUGCUGGACAACGCGGGCUCCAUGGUCGUGCAUGUCACAGGUGGCGUCACAUCAUUGGUUGCUGCGUGGAUGGUUGGACCACGCAUUGGAAGAUUUGAUAUUGAUGGCCGUGUUGUACCCUUCAGAGGACACUCCCUGGUCUUUAUAGCAGCGGGCACCAUCAUUCUCUGGGUGGGGUUCUUCGGGUUCAACGGCGGGUCGGUGCAGUACCUGGGGCAGCCGGCCAGCGUGUGGGUGGCGGACGUGGCGCGCGUGUGUGCUAACACCACCGUGUGUGCGGCGUUCGCGGGCGUGGCGGUGUGGUUUUUGACAUACUGGCGGAAGGAGCCCAACCUGGAAGACACGCUGAAUGGGGUGAUCGGGGGUCUUGUGGCGGCUUGUGCCACUAGCAGCAUUGUCGAGGCGUACGCUGCUUGCAUCAUCGGUGCUGUUGCAGGAGCGGUGUAUCUGGUGGGGGUGCACCUGGUGAACAAAGCACGAAUCGACGACCCCGUUAACGCCACGGCAGUGCAUCUGUGCUGCGGUACGUGGGGCAGCCUGGCAGUGGGCUUCUUCGCGUCCCCAGCAGCGGUGCAGCGCACCUACCAGUUCACCGAACCUGUGCCCUGCGGCCUCUUCUACGGUUGUGGUGGCUCGCAGCUGCUCGUGCAGAUCAUUGGGCUUCUUUUGGUGUACGCAUGGGUUGGCCUCACGUCCUUUGUCCUCUUCUUCGCCCUCCACUACUUUGAUGUGCUGCGAGUCAAGAGGCACGAGGAGGAGGUGGGUUUGGACGUGGCAUUCCACGGGGGCAACGAUGAUGACGAGGCGUUCGAUGUGGCGGAGGAUGGCGACAGCAUGGCACGGAGGCUGCUGACGUGGCGCAAGCUGCAGCAAGUCUCGACUCUCUUCGCCAGAGCAGCAGCCAGGAACACCAGCCGCCAAAACGGCUACGGAUCGGCUGGGGCGGCAGGGAAGGGCGGCAAGGGCGGCAGGGGCGGCUUGACGCAGCUGGCGCAGACACUUAACCUCCCAGGGCUGAACGUGCACGAGAGGCAGGCGCGGCGCGCCGUGUGGCACAAGUCCCUGGAGGGCACACACCUGGGGCGGUUCUCGCUUGCCAUGUAUGAGGCGAACUAUAUUAUGGAGGACACUGUAGAGGUGCAAUCGUCGAGCCGCGGGGUCUUCAUUGGGAUCCACGAUGGGCACAACGGGAGCGAGGCGGCGGAGUUUUUGCGGGAAACACUGUACAACAAUAUCAUCCGCGAGUGCAACGAGGGCAACGGGGUGUCUGUAGAAGCCCUGAGGCGGGGAUUCGAUUCAACAGAGAGGCAGCUGGCAGCAAUCGUGAGGGAGGCGUUUGAGGAGAGUCCGCACCUGGCCAUGGUGGGGGCAUGCUCCGUGGCGGCGCUCAUCACUCCGUCUGCCAUCUGGGUGGCCAAUGUGGGCGACUGCAGAGCCGUGCUGGGGCAGGUGCGGCAGGUAGCAGACGGCAUAGAGUGUCGAGCCGUCCAGCUCUCAACGGACCACAACCUGUCGGUGCCAGCCAUCCGCGAGAAGUACAUUGCGGAGCACGCCGACAUGCCCGACGCCGUUGUUGAGCGGCGCGGGCGGUUCAGAGUCAAGGGCAAAGUCAUGGUGACUAAAGCCUUUGGCGACCUGUAUCUAAAAUCUACAGACUUCAACCGCGAGCCUCUUGUGAGCCGCUUCCGCGUGCCCGAGCCAUUCAACCCGCCCCUCAUCUCCGCCGACCCCACGGUGGCGGUGCGCGUCUUCUCACCGCACGACUCCUUCGUCAUCGUGGCCUCCGACGGGCUCUUUGAGUUCCUGUCCAACCAAGAAGCCGUCAACAUCGUCGCCAGCAGCCCCAAGAAGGACGUGGCCCGCCAGCUGAUUCGAACCGCACUGCAACGGGCGGCUGAGAAGACGGAGAUGCCGUACAACGACCUGCUGCGCAUGCCGUCCGGCCAGCGGCGGGAUUACCACGAUGACAUCAGCGUUGUUGUCUUCUUCUUGGAUCACGAUGCAAUGAGGCGAUCCACCCGCAGCUUCUGGAAAAAGGACGUGUCCAUAAAGGGUGGCUCCGCCGCCUCCUCUCUCCUCGCACCUCCCACCAUCUCCGGUGCUGACGUGCACAACAUCACCAGCCUACACGGCGCCACGUCAGCGCGUGACGCGCUGGCGGAGGCGCGGGCGCAGCAGGGGGAGAGGCUAGCUCAGGGCAGCGGCUCGUGGGAUUUAGGCUCGGUGGAAGGUGACACGGUAAAUGGAGGCUCGGGCCGGAGCAAGGGGGAUGGUGGGGAGAGUGUGUUUGCCAGGGUGGGAGGGUCGGGGAGCAGUAGAGGGGGAGUGUGGAGGGAGGAGGAUCGGAGCAUGUCUGGAAGUCGGUAUGCUGAUGCGUUGGUGGGGCUGACAGUGCCUGAGGAUACGGCUGUGGAUGUCAGCCAAUUGGGACCCGCCAGCUCGUUUGCUGAUGUCAGCUCGACAGCACUGCUCGACUGAGGUCUUGUUCUACACGACCUAUAACUUUUGGCAUAAAUCUUACUUAUGGUCUUAGGGCCAGUUAUGACCGCUUACCUAUCUGACUUCUUGUCAGACUUGUAUUGUAGAAUCACGUCGAACAAUUUCACGCCAAUUUUGCACUCGGUGCUACCGUGCCUACAUCAGGGCCACGCCUGAAAAACGCCCAUUUUGCACUCGGUACUCGAGACUGAUGGCCAUAUAACCAUGGUGGUCUGGUUCCCUACGAUAUAACCUGGUCUGUUUCCACUUGGACUGUACAACAAUAUUCGUACAGCUGGUUUGGUUGGGUAGUUGUUUGGUUGGGGCACCAGAAUUGUGACGAGGGGAAAAUGCUGUUAGAAAUUCAGUCACUAACCACUGAGCAAAGGGCAGGGCUGUCAAAUGUAACUUAUGUAGUUACUACUAUACUGGAUUGUGCCUUAGAGGGUACAACCCCUAGUCUAUAUACCCCUGUAUCCUUCUAUUCUACUC